GAUUUAGAGAAAGCUUCGACGCCUCUCAGCUUCACCGAACAUCACGGUGGCUAAUACAAAAAAAAGGCAUAACAUGAUCAACCACUAACCCCUCAAACACACAUUUUACCAAAAAAAAAACCAACUCUUUCUCCCUCCCUCUCUAAACAUGUCAGCGGCCGGCGCUAGCCCAUUGGCCGUUGCACCGAUCACAAGACGUCGUAUCGGAGACUCCCUCGAAACCACCACAACCUCCGAACGAGCCUCCGUUUCCUCCGAGUAUUGCAACAUAGUCAACAUCUCCUCCCUCUCGCCGGACUUAGACGACGUCGAGGGAACGAACGGCGCGUGUUCCUCACCUUCCUCGAUGGGCUCCACGUCUAGCGGAUCGCAUUACCACCACGAUCAUCACUACCACCCGAAGAUUCGGUACCUCAUCCCACGUAAACUAAAGUGGCCGUUUCUGUGCGACGGUGGAUGGACGGCUGUGAUUGGUCAAGGAUUGGGGAGAAACGUGGGACGUCGGAUCUUGGGUCUCCUCAUGGUUCUCGUCGUCGUUUCUCUCUUUGUCAGAGUUUCGGUUAUGAGUGGGCGCGUUGCUGAUCACGCGCACAGGAGGGAUUUGAACGAGCUUGUUGUCGUUAGGGCGUUACAUGAAGAUUGGUCGAUGGCUCAAAACGCAAUGUCGGAGAACGUUGCUGUCGAGAAGCUUCCCAUUCCGGAGAUAUGGCAGAAACCUGAAUCCAGCAAUUAUCGCCAGUGUGCGUCACGUCCCAAGAGUCAUUCAAGGGCACGUAGAAAAACCAACGGUUACCUUCUAGUACACGCCAAUGGCGGGUUGAAUCAGAUGAGAACUGGGAUAUGUGACAUGGUUGCUGCAGCAAAGAUUAUGAAUGCAACUCUUGUUCUUCCUCUCCUCGACCAUGAAUCUUUCUGGACUGACCCCAGCACCUUCAAAGACAUUUUUGACUGGCGACACUUCAUGAACGUAUUGAAAGAUGACGUUGACAUCAUCGAGUACUUGCCUCCUCGCUAUGCAGCCAUGAAACCUCUCCUGAAGGCUCCUGUUUCUUGGUCCAAGGCUAGUUACUACAGAAGAGAGAUGCUACCACUAUUGAAAAAAUAUAAAGUGAUAAAAUUCACACACACCGAUUCGCGCCUGGCCAACAAUGGCUUGCCACCAUCAAUCCAACGGCUGAGAUGCCGUGCUAACUACCAAGCAUUAGGUUACUCCAAGGAGAUUGAAGAUUUUGGAAACGUUUUGGUCAACCGGUUAAGAAACAACAGUGAACCCUUCAUUGCUCUACACUUACGCUAUGAGAAAGAUAUGCUUGCCUUUACAGGCUGCAGCCACAACCUCACAUCUGGAGAAGCUGAAGAGCUGAGGAUCAUGAGAUACAAUGUGAAACAUUGGAAAGAGAAAGAGAUUGACAGCAGAGAGAGAAGGAUCCAAGGUGGCUGCCCUAUGUCUCCACGAGAAGCAGCGAUAUUUUUAAAGGCAAUGGGGUACCCAUCGUCCACUACGGUGUACAUAGUUGCUGGUGAAAUCUAUGGAGGUAAUAGUAUGGAUGCUUUCAGAGAAGAGUACCCAAACGUGUUCUCCCAUUCAACUUUAGCAACUGAAGAAGAGUUAGAGCCCUUUAAGCCAUACCAAAACCGCUUAGCUGCGUUGGAUUACAUCGUGGCGUUAGAAAGCGAUGUUUUCGUGUAUACAUAUGAUGGCAAUAUGGCUAAGGCUGUACAAGGGCACAGGAGGUUUGAAGGGUUCAAGAAGACUAUCAAUCCAGACAGGUUAAAUUUUGUUAGACUGAUAGAUCAUUUAGACGAGGGUGUGAUGUCUUGGGAUGAGUUUUCUUCAGAGGUGAAGAGAUUACAUGGAGCCAGGAUUGGAGCUCCUUAUGCUAGACUUCCUGGUGAGUUCCCUCGGCUAGAGGAGAACUUUUAUGCGAACCCGCAACCAGAUUGCAUCUGUAACAAGUCUCAGCCGGAGCAGCCUUGGAAGUCAAGUGUAAGAAGAGAGUCAGAUAGAUGGAAGGAGAGUUCAAGAUAGAAGAACGAAGACAAGACAUUGGUUCAACACUUUUGUAGGCCUUCUUGUACAAUAUAGGAAAAAGAAGAAGACUGGUUUCUUGGAAGAUCCAUACAAAUUUGUAGGAUCUAAUUCACUAUACAUGAGCAUCAAUGAUAUACCAUUUUUCAUUUUCUUCUUGUGCUUCAAAGCAGCUGGUUAGGAAUCUCACGGGUUACUUACAAACCAAUAGAGAUAUAUGAUUGAUCCUUGUCAAACAGAAGUAUAAUUUGUGUUAAUCUUUC